GCUAAAGCUGACCUUCAAAUAUUGCCUCAUUUCAGCGUCAAAAUGUUCUUCAAAUUUGUUUCCGUGUUGUUUCUUUUGCUGGAAGUAUCUGCAGAACAAUCAUCUAGGGCACUUAUACUAGCAGCAAAUGAUGGGAAUACGACAUUUUUUCACUACGUUUCAGGUAAGCAUUUAAAAGUCAUUGUGUCGUUUCUAAAUUUUGCAACAGAUGGACGGGUACUUCAUAAUCCACAUAUAAUUGCGGUGGCCGCUUUUGAUGACAAAGUUAACACAACCGGAUGGUCAUCACUCACAGUAUCAACAUCUUCGGAGUUCCCUGACUUCCUUCAGGCAUAUUGGGCUGGCUUUUUGGAAACAAAUCUCACUCUCAGUUUAACUGAUGCUAUGUGGAUAAAUACUGUCAGAGAUAUGUGUUCAACACCACUAUCAGAAAGCUGUAAGAAGUUGCAGAAAUACCUAACAGAAAAUAUGGUUUAUAUGCUAGAAGAGGCUUAUAAAAACAGCAACCAUGAUCCUUACUGGUACCAAGUAGCUUUGCAAUUAUGGCAAAUUAAAGGAAUGUUGGAUGCUUAUAAUGAAAAAUUCAUUUCUACUUCAGAUAAACUGAACGAGGGAUAUCUUAAUGAAUUAACUAAUGAAGUAAUGGGUAUUUAUUUAUUGCAAAUAAAUGGUGAUUUUGGGGAUUUAUUGAGUGCUUUAUCUCUUCCAACGCUUCAAUACGGUUUAAAUGAACUUGGUCAUCCAUAUACAAUGUCAACAUCAUGUUCAGUAUUAUUUAAAAUGGUUAAAAAUAAUGUGUAUAUGUCACAUGUUACUUGGACAUCAUAUAGUAUGAUGUUAAGAGUAUUAAAACAUUAUAAUUUCCCUUGGAAAAUGGUCAAUAGUACAAAUUCACCGAAAAUUCCUGGUUACGCUAUCACAUUUUCUUCAUAUCCAACGUUUACCAGCUCAGUGGAUGAUUUUUAUGUGACAAGUGCAAAACUUGUUAUUACAGAAACUACUAAUACUGUGCAUACCGAUAAACUUUGGCCUAUUGUUCGUGAUGGUAGUAGAAAUUCUGUUUUUACAUUUAUACGCUCUAUGGUAGCAAGUCGUUUGGCAACAACUGCAGAUGAAUGGAUUUCCUACUUUAAACGCAAAAAUAGUGGAACCUAUAAUAAUCAAUGGAUGGUGUUUGACGCUAAACGAUGGCCAGCUGACAAAGGGUCACUUAUGAUUGCUGAACAGUUACCUGGAAUAGUGGAAAGCCUUGAUGUGACAAACAUAUUGAAAUCUCAAACCUAUUGGGCUAGUUAUAAUUUACCAUAUAUUAGGGACAUAUAUGUAAUGAGUGGAACAGAAGAUAUGGCGAAAAAGUAUGGGCCUUGGUUUGUGCAUAACAUGACAGCAAGGGCGAAUAUUUUCCGUCGUGAUCAUCAUAAAGUCGUUGAUUUUCCAAGUAUGAUGAAGAUUAUGAGAUAUAAUGAUUUUACACAUGAUCCACUAUCUCUAUGUCCUUGUAAACCUCCAUUUACAAGUAACAACGCAAUAUCGUCAAGGAAUGAACUGAAUGAUCCUAAUGGUUAUUAUCCAGUCCCAUCGUGGGCUUAUCGUUUAGCAGGAGGAACGGACGCGAAACUUGUGGAUUUAUCAAUGAUUAAUCAACUCAACAUGAUUGCAAUCAGUGGGCCGACCUAUGAUGACCUACCACCAUUCUCCUGGUCAUUAAUCAAGGGUGCGAAAAAACCUUUAAUGCAUCCAGAUAGAUGGCAAUUCCCACCUGUAAUUACCAAUUUCACCGAUUUUCUGUCCAUAAACAGCAGUAUUCCUACUAAAUUACUUACACUUCAAGCACUGUUUUAGUGAUUACUCCAAAAUAACCUUUGCUACUGACAUGCCAAUGUGUUGUUGUAAUAAUGAACUGUGGUUUCCUUAAUCUAUGUAGAAUUCUAUUUAUUGAUAAUGUACUAAAUGGAUGCAAUACUGUAGUAAAAAAUGCUGAGAAUUCCAUUCUGUAUCACAUGUACUGUUUUGGAAUAAAGCAAAUUAUUAUUACUAUUAUAAUUGACAUUUAAAUAAACAAAUUCCUAUAUUGUUAAUCGUUGCUAUAAUAAUAAAUAAAUAAAUUUAAUCACUGAUUAUUUCCACCAUUUUCUGAAAAUUAGAGACAGCGUAGAAUCUAAGUGCAAAAUAUUCCAUUUCAGUUCGAUAUACUAUGUUAAAGGAAUAAAAUAUUACGUGAAAGAGUAGGUUUGCAAGGUUUAAAAGAUAUUUAUUCGGCAAGAAAAGUCUAUCAAACAUAGGUUCACCAUGUACACAUGUAAACUAGGGAAUACGGCGACAAAAAGCGUCAAAUCCCUAGUUGAGAAACUAAAUCACAAUUACUAAAUCAACCACAUACAAACUUAUUAGAAAUGAGACGCAAGUCACAAUCUGUCCUACAAGAAGUUUUAAGAAAUGUUAGUCCCAAAGAGCCAGUAAGUCUACGUAUGAAAACUACAAGUUUGCAAAACAGCAAAAUAAUUUAGAGGAAACAAAGCAUAAAUACAGGUCGAAAGCAAACAAAAAGAGAACAUUAAAAUGGAGGGAAAAAUAUAUGACAUGAUAACGACAAAACCGACGAGCGCAUUCCAUAAGAAAGUGCAUCCAAAGAGCUAUUUAAGAGGUGCUUUUAACACAAAAUCAGCAAGAAAUUCAUGAAGUUACAGCAAAAAAAACUGUAGAACAAAGACCAGUGAUUUUCCACUUUAUCAGUGUCACUUGCACAAUGAAACUUAUCACCACCAUUACCGACUGAGUACGAUCUCGAAACAGAAUUCCAUUAGUGAACGAUCCCUCAAUUAAUUAAUUACACCUCCAGGUUCGAAACUAUAAUUCAGAGUUGAUCAACAUUGCACCAAACCCAUUUAUAGACCCUUCAAAAUUCUCUUACACUUUGUGGUUGACUAUUUUUAACACAACCACUUCCUCUAUACAGAACUUCUAUACAUCCAGUUACCAGAUAUAUUUGUAAGAGUAGUAGACAGACGCAAGCGAAGUGAAACUCAAAACCAGAUUCCUCCGGUAAAAAGUCGAGUAUCAAAGCUAAUAAUUUACAUUCGCCUCCCACUGCGACAUAAAUUAAACACCCUACCCAUUUCAGUAAUAAUAGGCCUGUGUACACAUUCUACUUGAAAGGUAAUAAGCCGAACAUACAGUCAAAUGAACACAAGAAAUCGUGACAGUUGUUCGUACUAAUGUCACUCAGUGAACCUCCGAUACCCACAUUUUAACACAUGAAACAUUCGUAGAGUCAGCAUCGAAAGUAUUUCAAAU